AUGGAAAAAUUUAUGCAUGCAUUGCAAUUUGCUGCUCAUAAACAUCGAUUUCAAAAACGAAAAGAUUCAGAUGGAACACCCUAUAUUAAUCAUCCAAUAGGAGUUGCACAUAUUUUGAGUAAUGAAGCUGGUAUUAAAGAUAUUGAUUUACUUAUUGUUGCUCUUUUACAUGAUACAGUUGAAGAUACGGAAACAACACAUGAAGAACUUCAACAAGAAUUUGGAACUCGAAUCGCCGAUCUUGUCGCUGAAUUAACUGAUGACAAAAAUUUACCAAAAGCUGAACGUAAACGUUUACAAAUUCUUAAUGCUAAACAAUUAAGUUCAGAUGCUAUUAUUGUUCGUCUAGCGGAUAAAAUAUAUAAUUUACGUGAUUUAAAUCGUGAGACACCAAUUGGUUGGUCAGAACAACGUGUUAAAGAAUAUUUUGAAUGGUCAGUACAAAUAGCACGUCAAUUAGCUGGUCAUAAUGCUCAAAUGGAUGAGAUUUUAAAAGAUUUAUUUCGUCAACGAAAUGUUCAAUUUGAAUAA